UCGCCUUCAGUCUUUGGCAUUAUCAGGAGUGGACAAUUCCAGCACCAUGGAUCUGGGGGAUUCAGUUAAGGGAGGCGUGGUCAUUGUCCACCAGAUCCAAGACGGAAAGCACCAGUAUGAAGUUGGAAAUGUGGUGAAGUACAAAAAUGCAACUGGAGAAAAAAUGUUUGUCAGGAGAGGAGACAAACUGAUGCAGAUAAACGGCGUAGACCUGCAGCUUCUCACACCUGAGGAGUUAGCACAGAUGCUAGCUGACGGUAAUCCAAUGCUGAAGGUGCACAAGGCGGCCAAGGUGAAAGAGCACAAUGAGCAGCCUUCCAGCGAUGCAGACACUUUACAUCCCGUCUCCAUGGAAUCCACAACUCUCAGAUUCAGCACGGAGAUGAGGAGGGAGGAGGAGAAUGAAGUCGAGGAGGAUGGGAAUCUGGAGGAGGACGUUUGCGAAGGAGAAACUAUGGAGAACGGAGAGAAGACGGAUCUGCUUAUCGUCACCAUGAAGAAAACCAGCGUGUCUGUGGUGAAAGGGAGGGCCUGCAACCCCGGGAGUCCCUGUCAGGGAUGUAAUGGGAUAGGAUGUAGUUACAAUGACGUCGUCAUGGUGGCAGAAUCCAGCACAGUGACGCUUGUUGCAAGAGGAAGCACCUUCAAAAAGGACAAGGUCGAGCGGGAAAAUGUUUCAGUGGUACAUGUGGCCACCCACCAAUAUCUCAGAGGUCUCUGCUCGCAGAAAACCAUCUAUGCUUCCCCAAAUCCAGAGAAAAUCACCAUCUACCACUACAAGUCAACCAUUAUGGGGAGGUCUUUCAAAGGAAUACCAGUGGUCCUAAACUUUACCGGCUCCAACUGUUUCCUCAGGUGCUGCAAGGAAGGAGAGACGGUGUUCCUACAAGUGGAGACGUGCGAAAAGCAGAAGCUGAAGCAGAUCUCCAAGUCUGAUGAGAGCACCCUCUCCUUCGUCUUCUACAUGAAGACCGUCCCUUCAAAUCGCACAAAGUUUGAGUCAGUGCUGCACCGCGGAUGGUUCAUCCAAAUACUCAACACGGACUCAGUGGUGAGGAUGCAAACCCUGGAUGGACAGCAGGAAGAGCACACAUUCCUCUUUAUCAUUCAGAAGUGAUGGAGAGUCAUUUUCUUCAGGUGCAUCCACAGUUCUUAGUCAAGUCAGUUUAACAUUCAAAAUUCUCUUGUGAAUUUUUGUUUGGGUCUUGAAGUUGAUGUUAAACUUAAGAAAAACAUGAGGGGAGCUCUGUGGUUUGAGAUAUCUGGUCCAGUAAAGGAAACCAAGGUCACUGUGUCAAAUUCUGCUAUUGCAGAAGUGCGUAGAUAUGUAUCAUACAACUAUGUCUAAUUCAAAACAUUUGUGUGUAUGUGUGUGUGUGUGGUCCAGACUUAGAUAUGUGAGAUCUUUUUUUGGAAAUCAGUUGUUGUUGUUUAAAGUGAAACUUUUGUUACAUGCAUGAAUAUUUUGUGUAUGUAACUUUAUAUAUUCAAAAUGAGUAAAAAAAAGUUGAUGUGAUAAUAAUUUUAUUUAUUUAACACUUUUGAAUGUACAUUAUUAUGAGAUGUGAGAAAAAUUACGUGUCAUAUAAACUAUGUACAUGAAUCCAAUUAACACAAACAUUAAUUGAAUUCUGAAUGACUCGCUAUAUUAAGCUUGUACUUAGUGCUUUUGAUCAUAUAAUGUCAACAUGUACAGAUAUAUUACUGAUGUAUUACCACCCAAACUGUACAUGCACAUAUUAUAAAUAAGAAAUAAAACUGCUUCCAUUGGUCAA